CUGUGUUCAUGAGCUAAACAUGGCUGCGCCCUUUACCCUGUGUCAUCAUUAAAUUGUUGACGCGGCAGAAAAAAAAUGUAAAGGCCGUUCUGCUAUGAAAAGAUAUCGCGUUAAUCUCGAUUUCUUUUGUUUGCCUACUAGUAAUAAGAAGAGUGGGAACCAUUAUGGCUAGAAUUUACCCGACUACAGUCGUUGCUCUGUUGAUUAUAGUCGUUGUUGUCUACCUCCUGGUAUUCUACCUGCCCUUGCCGGCAAACCAGCCAGAUGACAGAAAACCCAAAGAUCUUUUGGCAGCCAAGCAGGACGGGCCUCUUCUCAUUGCGCCAGGCCAGCACAAGAGGAACACCAGCAAAGGGUCCAAGUUGGGCCCCGGCAGGGCCCCACAGUUGCAGAGGCCAUCGUUCAAGGGGAAGGACAUUGUCAACGUGGUCGUUUGCUCGGAUGAGAAGACCCUGGGGGGCCUGAUCGCCACCGUGAACAGUAUUUGGCUGAAUUCCAAGUCCCACGUCAAGUUUUACAUCAUGGUGGACAAGGAGUCCUUGCUGCAUCUCAGAUCAUGGCUGGCUAUACCUGCCUUGCAGGAUAUAGACUACACUAUGGUGGCCUUCAAUGAAUCGUGGGUGAAGGGGAAAACGCAGGCCAAGGAUGUGAGAAGAGACAGUGUUUCACCAAUGACAUUUGCACGCUUUUAUUUUGCCAAAGUGUUCCCAACAUUGAGGGGCCGCGUGGUCUUCGUGGACAGCGAUACGAUUGUCCAGGGAGACAUUGCCGACUUGAACAACACCAAGAUGGAGCCAGGCGUUGCUGUGGCACUGUCGGAUGACUGCAGCUCCUCCUCCAGUCGAGCCAGCCUGCAUCAGAAUGUGUACUCCAAUUAUCUGAACUUUAAAAGCGAACGCAUCAAGAAGCUGGGCCUUAACCCUAUGGCUUGCUCCUUCAAUGCCGGAGUCUUCGUAGCCAACAUCAGCUUGUGGAAAGAGCAGAAGAUCAUGGAGAAGCUGGACUACUGGCUGGGUGUCAACGCCAGGGAAGACAUUUGGACAACUCAGAGAGGCGGGGGGAAUGCUGCCCCGCCCAUGAUGAUCGUUCUUUACAAACAGCACACCGAAAUCCCCCCAGAGUGGCACGUCAGGCACCUUGGUGUGACCUCCGGAACGCGAUACUCUGAGAACUUUGUGAAAUCGGCGAAGCUCCUGCACUGGAACGGCCACUUCAAGCCCUGGGGGCGGACCUCCCAGCACACCCUGGUCUGGGAGAAGUACUUCUUGCCUGACCCCAUGGGCAAGUUCAAGCUGAUCCGCAAGUACAAGGUUGAUUAACGAGGAGCCCUGCGGGGCCCAGGCUACCUGACCCUUGCAAUACCUUCCCUAUAUUAAAAAAAAAACCAAGUUAGAUCUGACAGGGACUAGCACAACGGAAUAGCCAGAAUUAGGGGAUCUGCAGCGAAGAAGCAUACCUAGUCAUUAUGUCAGUACCUUAAGGUCCUUAUUGACAACGAUGUACUAAGAGGUACUUAAUGUCAAGAACUUUGUUAAUUUACAUGAAAUCAAUUAGGAAGAUUUGGUGAAAGUCAAGUCCGUUGGCCCCCAACAAAAGCUUAUUUGGAACAUGUUCGGUUCCAAUUAAAGUAUUUCUUUCAAGUUUACAAUAGGGCCUAAAAAGUAUGUGGGUAUUCGAUAAAUUUAAGGUUCAACAUGUGACAUUUUACUUUCACUCUUACACCUGAUGUAUACUUCGAGGGAUAUAUCACUGAAAUUGAUUUCAAACUAUUGUUCCUUUUUUGCAGGUACAUGCAAUUUGCAGUACUUAUUCAAUUUUGGAAAUUAAAAUGAGUCCUAAACAUUAAAAAAUCAUAUGCCAGACUUAACAGGGACUGGAAAAAUUUGACCUCAAAUAUAUGGAAUGACCCAUUUGCCAAAAGGUCAUGUGACUGCCAUAAGGACCUUUCAGUACUGAAUGCAGACCAUGUGACUUGUGCCCAUCUUGCCUUUUCCUUUAACCUACUGUGACAAAAUCUAAUAGUGGGAAAAUGGUGCUGACAGAUGCACAAACUUUAUAUUUAUUUGCAUAUGGUUGAAGAUCACUCAUUUGUCAAAGUAUUUCAGUGCUGGAAAAUAUUGGCACUUUACAGUUUGAAUGUAACGACCCACUGUCUUUGAUAUAUUCAACCAACCUAGGACAGAGAAAGGAUCCAUUUCUUAAAAAGAAGAUUCAAAGACACAAAAACUUGGAAAAUCUUUCACAAAAGUUCAAAAUGUUUUCAUCAAAUGCAGUGUAAUGGGAACAGCCUCACAGUUAAAUGGGUCGUUUCAGUUCUUCUGAUCAUUCGAAGGGUUUUCCCAAGGCAAAUUGUUUCACAGCAAUUCUAGUCUCGAUGGAGAAAAAAAUUCCUAACCCUCCCUGUGCAAAGAUACUGUAUAGUCUUCAUGAUGUGUCAGGAUUUGUCAGGAAGCUUCCGAAGCUUGUAGAAUACCAUUGCUUUUCUGCAAAGUGGAAGUUUUCAGAGGAAUCAGGAUGGGUCCUUGGCAAAAUGCAGAGAGAAACACGAACCAGCACUCUCACAUUUGUCAAGGCUUAUAUUUUAAUAUCUUUAGAUCUUAUACAUUGUAGAUCCUAAUUUUUUGUCAAUGUAUUAUUGCCACCAGAGCCAUGUACAGAGAGUGUCGCAGUGGUUGAAAACAAACUGGCAGGUACAUCAACCAGUGCACUUAGAGAGUUGGUAACCAUUGCCGCACGAUCUUCUUUACACAUAAUGAACAGCCAUUUUAUUUCCAAAAUCUGAAGUUGGCGCUUUCUGUAUAAAGCAGCCCUGGUGGCAACCAGGGUGGCAACCUGGUGGCAUCUUCUGACACACUCUUUAGUAUUCUCGUCAUUCGUACUUUCUGUCAUCUUGAACAUGCAUCUGCCUGCUUCCGUGGAAUUUAAAAAAUUGUUUUGCAAAGAAAUAUUGUGCUCUUUAUGUACUGUGAGAUUUUGAAACAGUUGAUGCGUUUUGAUAUUAUUACUUUCUGAGUGUGCUAACACUUCAUUGCCAACCGUAAACUUUAUGUGCUAUUAAGUUUCAUUCAAAUUCUAUAAUUUCAUAGUUUCUGUUUUUUUGUGUUACAAAUUCAUUUUUUGUGUGCUAACCAUUUAUCGUAAAUAACACAUUGCCAAACGAAAUUCUUGCCAUGUUGAAAAAAAGAGACCAUUGUAAAUAGCAGAUUUAGAGUAAGGUUUACUUUGAUACUUUUUGAAACACUGUCGUUUAUUUUGUAUAAAAUUUUCUAUAAAAUAGGUGUAACAACUUCAGUAAUAAUUUCUGCAACUUUUAACAGGGAAACGAUGUGAGAAAAGACAAAAUCGAUAGCAAACCCUCCGAUCUAGAUACGUGUAGUGUCUAUGUACCAAGUUUUUACUACUUUGUUAUAGAGAAUGACAUAUCUAACCAAUUUUGUUUCCCCAGAAACUUUUGUGGUCUAGUUUUUGAUUGCUUCAAGUAUACAGUAAAACAUUGACUUUAUUUUAACAGCAUUGGUUAUUUCGAUAGCACAUUUGAAAAAUAUUAUUUUCACAUUAUACUGAGCAUUGAAAAACGCAACAAAUUUCUGUUGAUAUUUUUUGAGAUUGUGUUAGUUUUACACCAAAGUAGUGAAUACUGUAGCACCUUAAAGUUACAGAUCCCCUCUUUUCAAAGAUGUGGUAUUUAUUCACACAUGGUCGUGGAUAGCUGAACAAACUUUGUUUUGGCAAAAAGACAAGAGGGAUUGUAACCAAGUUUCACUUGAAAUGCCAGCAUAAAUCCUGUUCAAAUCCAGAUCUCUCCUAUGAAAUGUUUGUAAUGAAUAGGCCAGAUGUGUUCAUAGUGCAGUCAGGUGAAUCGUUACGUAUCUUAGUGAUUGUAAUGAUUUACUUUGCAUAGGUUUUAGGCCUAUAUUGAGCAUGUGUAGUUGUUUGCUCAUAUGAUGCAAGAUAUGGGGCAGAGAGAACCCCCCCCGCCUUUGUGUUUGUCAUUGUUUGAUCGGAAUCUCAGGAAUUCUUUACAGACUUCUAGGGGGAGUGCGUUAGGUAACUAUCGUGUGUAUAGGGAUUGGACAUGUGGGGGGGGGUACCCAUCGGCCCGAUUUCGUGCACGGUAUCAGUUUGCUUAUUGUCCAAGGUGGUUGGGUCGACUAGUACGCUCGUACCCAAAAAUUUAAAGAUUAUGCCAAAAUCAUUCUAAGAAAGAUACUCUAACCAGGGCCUUCUAGCCAAUUUUCACCUGACUGCAUUGUUCAAUGUGUUUACAAGACAAAGAUGAGCACACCGUGUUAUUGUUUCACAAAUGAAAACAUCGCUUUGUGCCUCUCAUAAAGUGCGUUCCAGGGUUCAAAUUAACAUGUUCACGUAUGAAUCUUUGCAGCAGUCAAUAAUCGAUUUGUGUUUUUCAAUGAACAAACAAAACUCUGAACGGACAUGAAGUACUGCGUAGGACUGAGUGACAUUGUGAUAAACCUUCUCUUGAGCUUGGUGGUAAUUGUUGAGUUUGCUCACUGAAGUGAAGAACACAAAAGGAAGGCGAGAAAUAUUCUAUUAUGUUAUUACAUUCUUGUUUGUAUUUAUACAGACAAUCUUUAAAUAAUGUGUGCAGGGUAUUUGUAGUUAAUAAUGGGAUCAUGUAAAAAAAAUCUAACUCUCCCAUCUAAAGUUUCAGAAUAUCCUCAUCUUAUGUUAAUGCAUCCAUGAUAUACUUGUUAAAGCAUUGAUAAAACACAUUUUCCCAAGGGCUUAACAAACAACUCUAGAAAGUGCAACUAACGAAAUGAAGAAAUAAACAAUACAAGUACAAUGGAUAUGAAAAUAGAUAUGAUUAGACUUUUGAACUCAGUGGUGUAUGGAUUCGUACGACCGUACGUGGGUGCUAAUUCGCUGAUGAAACUGCGUGUAGUUAAAAAAAAACCACCAUCUUAAAGUUUCAAAUCAAUCGACCUGUAACACCUUAAUGUACGUGACGCUUUGUUUACAUGUGCGCUAUUGGACGCGAUUUGUCAAGUUCCCAUUAGAAACCUUCCUUUAUGUUGUAAACAAUGUUUGGUGCCAUUGUUUUAGGUUUAUAUUAUUCGUGUUUGAUGCCCAUUCUGUAUAUUGUACACUAAUGCACGUGUACAGGCCUUGUUCAAUGUGAUUUCAAGUUAAGCAAGUCUGUGUGUUAUUUUAGACUACAAGCACAUGUGAUUUGUCUGUUCCAACUGGUCAACGUUCAUUCCAUACCCCCAGUUUUAUGAAAAGAAGAUAGAAUUAAAAAUGUUGCUUAGAAAUUAGUUCAUUUGAA